AUGGAUCGGCCCCACCGCAACGAUAUGGGUCUCCCACUUCUAGUUCAACCAGAUCAGAUCGAAAUGGUGGCUACGGAUCAACUCCAACAGCUCACACACCACCACCAAUCCCUCAUGGAAAUACGGACGUCACUCAUGGAAGAGGACCGAGAAACUGCUUUCGAUUUCAGGAAGCAGAUGUCAGAAGCUGUUGCAAAACUUCAAUCCUCGCUCGAUUCUGCUUUGCUCGCCAAGGACCUGCAGGAACGUAGCGCUCCAGACGUGAAUUUUCAGAACGAGGAGGCAAUAGACGUCGCUGAUGAGAACGAGGAACCGGAAGCACCUGCGAAUCCACACCAAGAAGCGCAACAACCUCCACUCGGGCCGGAGGGCAUAGCGAUGCACGACCAAGAAAGAGAGGCGAUCCAGGAGAAUGUCGAGUUUCUUGAAGGAGUCGAGUUAGAGGAGGCCGAAGCAAAUGAAGAAGAGGAACCACCAAACUUGCGGGAACGUUUGCGAGAGGAGGACGGCAACAGGAGAGAGUAUAUUCAACAGGAACUCCAACAGCUAAAACAAGCCCGCGAUAAUCUUCGCCUAAUCAUCGACGAAUUGCGCCAGCACCCCACUUGUCCGCCAAGAAGGUAUGGGUACGGAGCAAUCAGCAACAAUGCGGAAAGACUUAUGCGCUGCGCCUUCUGCAGAUCAGUGGGUAGACACUACUCGGACUCAUGCGAUGAAAUAACAUCUGUCACGGAACGCCGCCAGAUGAUUGAAGACAGAGAUAGAUGUGUGGAGUGCCUGGAGAAUUGUAAAGGAAGACAGCUAUGUCCAAAAUAUUAUGCGCGUUGUUUCCAUUGCGGGGAAUUUGAUCAUCAUUCCGCCUUAUGCGAAUUACCUGACAGAAGUGAGGAAGUCGCGGAAAGCUUCCAACGCAUUAUUGCCAAUGUGCGGCCAUCUAGCGGAAGUCAAACGCCGCACGCAGAAUAA